ACCAGUGUAUCGUGCCCAUUUGCCGGAACAGCUGUGGAGAUGGAGAUGGAUUUUGCUCACGGCCCAACAUGUGCACAUGUCCCAGUGGCCAAAUUGCACCAACCUGUGGCACAAAGUCCACCCAGCAGUGUAACAUCAGGUGUAUGAACGGUGGCCUCUGUGCCGAGGACCACUGUCAGUGUCAGCAGGGCUUCUCAGGCUCCUACUGUGGACAACCCGUCUGUGAUAGUAAGUGCCAAAACGGCGGGCGCUGCAUUGGACCCAACCGGUGCGCCUGUGUCUACGGGUUCACUGGGCCCCAGUGUGAGAGAG